AUGCUAAAGCCUUCUCUACAUGACCUCAUGGUGGACAAUAGCAACCGGUUGCAGUUGCAUUCCGCUUUACGAAACGUUUCUGUGCGAAGAAUACAGUUGGGGCCUUUAAUUACUAAAGAUCGUAUAUUUAGUGAAAUAGGAACAGUAUUAUCUCUUACAAAGAAUGCAAUUCAGCUAAGUAAUAAUUAUGUUGAGAUAAGAAUCGAAAAAAUUGGUGGGAAGUACUCCAGAGUCGAAUAUCCCGCUCGAAGCCUUUCAGGCUCAUCGGCAGCUAAUAGAGCGGCGGUAUUUUUAAGUAUUCUUAAAACGGUACAGGCUAAAGUGAAUUCCAAUGAAACCACAACCGUUAGAGAUUUAUAUUACGCAAAUGUGGAACUGUAUAGAAAUCAGAAAGUUGUUGCUGAUUGGAUCAAAACGCUAGAAGGCUGUUUUGGAGUAGAAAAGUCUGCAUUUCGUGUUGUUGCAGCUCAAAAAGGUAAAUUCUGUUCGCCGGUGGAACUUACAAUUGAUAAUGAAAGUUAUCUGGGAACUAAUCUAGUUCCAUACUUAUCUCAAAACAGCAUAAUAUAUUGUACUGAAUGGCAGCACAUAGAAAUGAUAAUGGUGGUAGAAAAAGAUGCGGUCUUCCAUAGAUUGUCACAAGAUCCGAAAUAUUGCUAUAAUAAGAUCCUAAUAACGGGAAAAGGGUAUCCAGAUGUACUGUCUGUCACUUUCUUACGUCAAUUGAUACAAGCUACUCCAAAACAUAUUACAUUUCAUGUACUUGCAGACAGUGAUCCCUAUGGGAUAGACAUUGUGCAGAAAUAUUGUCAAGGCGUAGGUUUCCCAUUUAGUAACAAGCUGAACUACAGCGGAAUCUUCAUUAGGGAUCUAUUGGAGAAUACCAGAUUGACAAUUGGUACUUUAGGUUGUGGUCUUUUAUUAAAUUUAUCAAGAAGAGAUUGGAAUAUGUCACAAAGAAUGCUUGUAGUAUUGAGUGAUAAGAGAGCCCCCAGUAGUAACACAGUUAGCGACAACAAUAGAGCAAUAAUACGAAGAGAACUCCAAUGGCAGCUGAUAUUUUUUAAAAAAGGGGAAAUGAACUCAGUGAUAUAG